GAUAGCCUCUAGUAGAGAUCGGAGUGACAAUGAAGGCCUGUAUCGUUCUAGCACUGUGUGUGGUGUCCGCUUUUGCCGGUCCCGAAGAGGACCUCUGGCUCAAGUUCAACAAGGUUCGCCCUGCUGACUUGGAAGGCUACGAGGUUCCAGAGUUCGAGGGUAGAAUCGUUGGAGGAAACGAAGUUAGCAUUGCCAACUUCCCAUACCAAUUGUCACUUCGCCACAAUGGAAACCACAUCUGCGGUGCUUCGGUCAUCUCCAGCAACUGGGCCUUGUCCGCUGCUCACUGUACCGUUGCUCCAGUUUCCGCUGGUUCCGCUACCCUGCGUGGAGGAAGCUCCAGCCGUCUUACCGGUGGAGUCAUCUUUGCUGUAGCUCAAAUCGUGAACCAUCCUCAGUACAACGCCAACACCAUCAAUAACGAUGUGUCGGUUCUGCGAUCGACCACCUCCUUCGCUGGAGCUAACAUCUCUCCAAUCACCAUUGUCCCAAGUGGAACCAACUUCGCUGGAGGCACUCGCUCCGUUGUUUCUGGAUGGGGUUUGACUACUCCUGGAGGAUCUCUGCCAACCAACCUGCGUGCUGUGGACAUUCCAGUCGUUACUCUUGCCACUUGCCGCAACCAGUGGGGAGCCGCUCGUAUCACCGAUAGCAUGGUCUGCGCCGGAGAGCCAGGACGUGACUCUUGCAACGGAGAUAGCGGUGGCCCACUUGUCACUGGAGGUCGUCAAUUCGGUAUUGUCUCGUGGGGUGCAACUCAGUGCGGUGGAAACCUGGCUGGUGUUUACGCCAACAUUGGUGCUGCUGUUAUCCGUAACUUCAUCAGCUCCAACACCGGGGUGUAAAUGGAAAAUCUCCAAAUAAAUGAAUCCUAGCAUUAUUACUUCUACUGUGUAGAUGCAAAAUUGGAA